UUAAAAUUCAAAAAUGUAGCCUAUUAGUAGCUAAUAGUUAAUGUUGAAAUGAACACUCUAACAAGGAACAAUACUUCUACAGUAGAGGCUGACAUUUUUUCGGGAUUCCCACGGGUCACGGGAAUCCCGCGGGAUGGGAAACAAAAUCGCUACGAAUCACGUGAUUGGGACUGGACAGAAAAAAAUGUCAUCGGGAGUGGGCGGGACCGGGAAUAGUAAUGAUACCCAACUUUAUACACAAAUAUAUAUAUUUUAUAUAAAUAAACUAUAAACUGUAUAUUUUAAUUUUGAACUCAAUUCUAGUUGCCCUGUCUCGCUCUCCUCCUGUUUGCUUUGGUGUGGCUGCGUGAAUGACGCAGUCCGUGACGGACAGAUCGUUAACAGCUGGUCUAUGUGACUUGUCGAAAAACCGUUUUUGUGAAAUCCCUCCAGAAGUUUGUAUGUUUGCGCCGCUGGAGUCAUUAAACCUCUACCACAACUGCAUAAAGAUGGUUCCAGAGGCCAUUAUCAACCUACAGAUGCUCACCUACCUGAACAUCAGUCGAAAUCAGCUGUCCGUUCUCCCCAAGUUUCUCUUCAAUCUUCCUCUGAAAGUGCUGGUGGUCAGCAACAAUAAACUUUUGUCUAUUCCUGAGGAGAUCGGAAAGGCCAAAGACCUCAUGGAACUGGACAUCAGCUGUAAUGAGAUCCAGGUGCUUCCUACUCAAAUGGGGAAACUCCUCGCGUUACGUGAACUCAACAUACGAAGAAACUAUCUACAAGUUUUACCAGAUGAGUUGUCGGAUCUGCCAUUGAUUAGGUUGGAUUUCUCCUGUAAUAAAAUCACUGAGAUUCCCAUAUCUUACCGCAAACUUAAGCAGUUACAGCACAUCGUUCUUGACAACAACCCCAUGCAGUCUCCUCCUGCCCAGAUCUGCCUAAAGGGAAAGAUCCACAUCUUUAAGUAUUUAAACCUGCAGGCAUGUCGCCUGGAUAAAAAACCAGACACACUUGACCUGCCUUCUCUGGGAAAACGCUGCUUGCCUCAGCAGCUGACAGACAGUAUGGAAGAUUUCUAUCCCAGUAAAAACCAUGGCCCUGACUCAGGUAUUGGCAGUGACAACGGUGACAAAAGACUGUCGACUACAGAGCCGUCUGAUGACGACACCAUGAGUCUUCACUCUCAAGUGUCUGAGACGGCACGGGCUGACGCACACAUACUUCUCACAAAGCUGGACUCAAACAAAGAUCAGGAUCCAUAUGACUUUAUUGACCCAAAUCCAGACGAAGAGGCCACUCUGUCUGAAGGAGAUCUACAGCACAAUGCACCCUAUGUGUCAUGUAUAAAGGAGCUGGAGCGGGUUCUGAAAACGCACCAAAGUAAAGACAAAGAGAACUGGAAAGAGGAGUCAGGCUCAGAGAAAGAGCAGUUAGCUGAAGAAGACGAGGAUGACUUAAAGGAAGUGUUGGAUCUGAGGAAAAUCGCAGUACAGCUGCUACAACAAGAGCAACAGAACAGGAGGCGAUCCCUAAUUUGUAGGGCAGAGAGUCUAAUACACCGUAGAAGAGCCGCGGGGAGAGCUCACAGGUUCCUCAGCCACUCAGGGAGUAGCACCAAACAAAGAACUCCAUCUCAGACUGUUAGAAGUGCAUCACUAGAUGAAGGAAGCAGCUCAGCCUCCGCCUUGAGUGGACAGGAGACUGAUCUCACUGAUGAAGAUGCAGCUUUCUCUGAGCCUUCUUCAUCUUGCUCAUUUGAUGGAAGUUUAAAAUCAGAGAGCAGUGACUCAGAGCCAAGAUGGCCGGAGGUUCCUCCUGUGCUCAAUCAGAAUGAGGAUCGGAGAAGAAACAAGUACCUGAGAAAAGACUACCUAAAGUAUAAGUGCCAAAGUGCUCGAAGAAACUCCAGUGGCAACGACAAUGAUUGCGAGGAGGGAAUGCGAUCUAAUGAUUUUACCACAACUCUGACUGUCUUUGGCCUGAAACCCAGAUCAGCCUUCUCCCGUGGAAAUCGUCAAGACUUCAGCUCCACGGACCCAAGCUUCACCAUGAGGAGAAAGAUGGAGCACCUCAGGGAGGAGAUGGAGCAGAUCAGACUCUUGCGGCAGAACCUCGAGUCUAGGCUAAAGGUUUUGUUGCCAGAUGAUGUGGGUGCUGCUUUGAUGGAUGGUGUUGUUUUAUGCCAUCUGGCUAAUCACAUUCGUCCUCGUUCCGUAGCUAGCAUUCAUGUACCAUCCCCUGCUGUGCCAAAGCUGAGUAUGGCCAAGUGUCGGCGGAAUGUGGAGAAUUUCUUGGAUGCAUGUAAAAAGCUUGGAGUGCCACAGGACAAGUUGUGUUUGCCGCAUCACAUCCUGGAGGAGAGAGGUCUGGUAAAGGUUGGUGUCACUGUACAGGCACUGCUGGAACUUCCAUCAUCAAAACCCAACCAACUUUCUACCAUGUAGCAUCACUGGAUCAUGGGACGUCCAUUAGCAUCCCUUUACCCUGCCUUACCACCUCAUCCUCACUCCUCACUCUCAAUGCUGAUAUUUGACCUACUAUAUGGGGAGGUCAUGACCCUUCGACCUUUACAACUGUGGUGAACAGGCUGGGUUCCCCCUACCUCUUAUAAGCCUCUAUGGAGGGGUCUAGACAUUUUAAAGCUCCAAUAUUGUGCCCUAUAUGAGGGAAACUAAUUCUUAAAGCCACACAUUUCAUUCUGAGGGGAAAUACCUGUUUCUAUUCCACAACUGGCAAUGCUGACUCUCCCCUCUCAAUGCUGGACACCUCUGUCUCCUGUCAUUUGUAUCUCCUUCUCACCUGUCUCAUGUUCACUCUUCUCUUGGACCGGUGAGCCCCCAGUUGGCGAGGACAGGAGAAAAUCCUGCAGCUAUCUGGCUGAUUCUGGACCAGAGGGUAGAUGUUAAAUCAAUGUCACUCCAGCCCUCUCCUGUAUGAAGUCACAAAGAGCUGUCAAGCAUCUUGUUACAUUCUGACUGUUGUUUCCUGUCGCUUUGAAGAAAUAAGUGGGGCAGAGACAGUAUUGAUGUGCAUGUAAUAACAACCAGACCAGCACUGAGGACGUCUAGAAAGGACAGACAAAGGUGUUGGCAUAAAUGUUGAUGUAUUGCAGUCAGGUGAAUCACUGGCAGUGCAUUAGAAAGUAAUCAUAUCUUUCUGCAUGCCUGAACGGUUUUAACAAUGAAGACACUGCUCACGUGCCCGCACGAGACAAAGGCUUUUUUGUGUUUUUUUACGUACAUGCCAGUGUUGCCAAAUGCUUGUUUAUCUCACAGGUUGUAUUUUAGUGCUUUAGUUCUCACAAGCCCGCGUGUGCCGGGAAAUCACAACAUCAUAAAGUUUCGCACGUGCCAGUGUAAUUUGCACUGUGCUAAAAUUUUGUUUGUUGUGCAGGUCUGGGUAUGUACGUAAAGUUUCAGCACUAAAAAUAGGUCAAUUAGAAACAUUUGCAAAACCUAAUUAUAAUUACAGAGUAAGAACAGUAAAUUAAGUAAAGAUGGGCAUUUGAUUGUUUGGUUAAAUUCAUAAUCAGCUCUUCAUAAAGACUCUUUCUUGGAAAAACAAAUCAGAAGAGUAUUUUAUACUUGUAAAACUGAAUUAUGUUAAGUAAAGGAUUGAUGUGAAAGCAGUUCAUUCACCACAGUAAACUGAGAAGGUUUAUAGAAAUGUUAAAAUAUGUACAAAUAGUUUUUUUUUUUUUAUCAGGGAAUUUAUUUAUUUACCUUUAUGUACUUUUGUAUGUUUUAUUUAUUUCUUUGAGUUCUAUUUACUUCUUUAUCAACCUCUGAAAUACAUUAACUGUAUUGUCCAAAAAUCAGCAAUACUGUUCAGAAAUUCUUGAGUGUUAUAUAAUAAUUUCCAAACAUGGAAAUUGGGGCAGCCAUCUUAACGGGUUGUUGCUUUGGAAUUUGCUUGCUGCCAAUUUCUGUAUGACACUGCGUUUACAUGCACACCAAAAAGCCGGUUAUUGUGAGGAAGCUAUUUUUAGAAGAUCUAAAAGAUAAGAAAUCAGUGUUCACAGUUACAUGUCCUAUUUAGUGCAUCAACUGUGCAUGUGGUGCAUCAGCAACUGCUUUUUCCACACAUUUACUUUACAUUAUUAGACUCCAGUCAGGAUAGCUCCAUAUUUAAUUUUUAACAGGAAUGAAAACAAGGCUGUGAGGAAUAGAACUUCUAUGUAUUCAGUGGGUUGUGCUGUUGUUUGAAGGAAUAAUUCACCCAAAAAUGAAAAUUCCGUCAUUAAUUACACACCCUCAUGUCAUUCCAAACCCGUAAGACCUCUGUUCAUCUUCGGAACACAAAUUAAGAUAUUUUGGUUGAAAUCCGAGAGCUUUCUGUCCCUGCAUAGACAGGAACUGUAUACGUUCAAGACCCAGAAAGGUAGUAAGGUCAUUGUUAAAAUAGUCCAUGUGGCAUCAGUGGUUCAACCGUAAUUUUAUGAAGCUACCAAAAUAAUUUUUGCACACAAAGAAAACAAAAAUUAACGACUUUAUUCAACACUUCUUCUCUUCUUUGGCACACAUUUAACAACAUACUGACUGUUCAGCUGAUGAAACGUCUUUCAGACAAAAAAUGUUUAGUUGACAAACACCAUAAAAUUCAGUGCAUGGACAAUUUUAAUCGCUGUUUGAUAUUUGCACAGAAAACCUUUUUGAUGCACUCUGCCACUCUCAACACUUUCUGUCAAUCACACAAUUCGCCAGGUGAGUGUGAAGCUUUACUUCCAUAGGAAUGAGUUGAAAAUGCUUGCUCCGCUCUGCACAAGUGGAAGGUGCAUGUACUGUAAACAUGAAUGCUGUUAAGCCACUUUAUGGUGUGCAUGUAAGUACUGUUGGUCGAACACUUACUAUUUGUGAUUGUUCACCAUGUAUUCCUGUGAAAAACAUGUAUUUUUGUUUAUCUUAUUGCAGAUGUGGCUAGUAAUGACUAGAAGUAAUGACUUCCAACACUUGAAAGUUAAACUGCCUCAUGGUGUUUUGAAGAGAAAGUCCUUGAAAAAGUCACAGUAUGCCCAACUGGCAGCAGAAGCAGCUGUUGACAACUUUUCUUGGAAAGGAGUUUUAGGACCCAGAUUUACAGUGAUGUGUAACGAAUGUCUCACUCCCCUAUCAUGCUCCACACAGCAUAGCAGAUAGGCUACAUCUGGUUCAGUGCCAGAGGUUUGUGAUGGAUGGAUUGGUGACAGAAGUUCCUUAGGCUUUUUGCCUCCUUCACACAAUCUCAGCCAAGAAUGAAAAAGGUUUUCUACAGGUUACAGGCCCCAUUAACAAAAUGUUUCAGUUUUAGUUCCACUCAGUCACACCCUCUAAUUUAACUGUUUCUAUGUUUGGCUUCAAUAUUUAUGACACCAUUUCCCAGUUAGCCAUCUAUCACUCUUACAUUACCACUGUCAUCACUUGCAGAACUCCUGAAGUAGGUUGCCUGCUACAAGGUAUAGGCUGCAUACUGCAUGAUACUGUUUUAUUAAUACACCAUAGUACUCAGUAUGCAACAGUGAUUGAACUGUAGCAGAGAUGAUCAUUGUCAUAUGAUGUUUCAUGACACUUAUUGCGAAGUAGGAAACAAGCAGACCGCUCAUACCCAGUUUGCACAUUCACACUAGUCAUUGAGAGUAGUAUGCUAUUUUAAUGACCGCCAUUCUCAUGUUUUUUUUUUUUUUUAUCUUUCCCCAUCAAACUCAAUCUUGGCAAAGCUUUGAAAUAAUCACCCGUCAGCUCUGAUUCUUAUUCAUGUUGAUGAGAAACUGUUCAGUUUGUAAAAAGAUGUGUUGAUUAAAAAGUAAUAGACAGGGGAUGCCUCCUACGCAGUGCGUAAUGUAUGUAUAAAUGUUUUUGUAUGGCAACUGGAAUGCAUGUCUGGAUCAUACCAUUAUUCAUGUACAUAAUCUAUGUUUCAACACAUUAGAAUGUUUCCUUAAAAAGGAAACCAGCCAAAACAUUUCAAAAUACUGGAAUAAACAGACCUUUUACAGUGUUUUGUUGUGUCCUGAUCAUUUGCUUUGUACUUCUUCACUGCAGGAACAUAAUUCUCCAUGAAAGAGGAGAAAAUACAGACACCCUCUAAUAAGUGUCAAACUAUAAUAAGCAGUGCUUAAAAUGAUCAAGCACAGCUAUGUGGUAUGAGAUGUGACCACUCGACAUCCGCUACAUUAUUAAUGUACUAUGAACCCAUUUCUAAGGAAAGCUGUUGUCUCUUUUCCAGAGAAUCAUCCAAGACAGGGAGUCAGGAAGGAAGGGUUGUGCUUUCUCAUGUUACUUGUGAACCAGAAAUGUACACGCUAUUAACUUGUUUGCAGCUCUCAUCAUUUUGAGGUCAAAUCAGUGUAGCAGAAUAACUUGAAC